CCUGUCUCCCCUUUCCUGGCAGUUGUGGCCAGAGCAUCAGAGCUGGCCUUCAUCCGGGAACCCAGCGAUGUCAUCGCGGUGCGGGACCGACCCCUUAUGCUGGACUGCCAGGUGGCAGGGGAGGGGCCCAUUACAGUCACAUGGCGGCGAAACGGUGUGCCAGUGCCCGUGGGUCAGCGGGCCAGGGUGUUGGCCAACGGCACGCUGCUAAUCAGGAGCUUCCAGAAGCGUGGGGAGAGCAUGGAGGCGGAUGCGGGCGAAUACGACUGCGCGGCACAGAACCGCUUUGGGUUGCUGGUCAGCCGUAAGGCCCGGGUCCAGAUCGCAUCUCUGCCCAAGUUUCACACACACCCCGAGUCAAUGUCUGUGGACGAAGGCGGCGUGGCCCGUUUCCAGUGUGAGGUGAAUGGAAUCCCAGAGGCCAAUAUCACCUGGGAGAAGAACAGGACUACUCUGAACACACAGGACACCAGGUAUACUCUACUACCUGCGGGCAUCCUCCAGAUUACAGGCGUGCGGCGGGAAGAUGCAGGGGUGUACCGCUGCGUGGCCGCUAACAUUGCCAACACCCGCUUCAGCCACGAGGCCCAUCUCAACGUCACCACUGUGGCCUCACGGACCUACAAGGAGCCAGUGAUCCUGUCGGGCCCUCAGAACCUUACUCUGACGGUGCACCAGACAGCCAUCCUAGAGUGCAUCGCCACAGGGAACCCUCGGCCCAUAGUGUCCUGGAGCCGCCUGGAUGGGCGCUCGAUUGGUGUGGAAGGCAUCCAGGUGCUGGGCACGGGCAACCUGAUGAUCUCCGACGUGUCACUGCAGCACUCUGGAGUGUAUGUGUGCGCCGCUAACCGUCCGGGAACCAGAAUGAGGCGUACCGCCUUGGGCCGACUCGUAGUGCAAGCUCCCCCUGAGUUCCUGCAGUGGCCGCAGUCUGUCUCCAAGCCGGCCGGUGGCAGUGCAGUGUUCACUUGUGUCGCCCAAGGGGUCCCAGAGCCUCAUCUGAUUUGGUUGAAGAAUGGCAAGAUCCUAAUGCCAGGGGACAAUGUCAAGAUCACCAACAAUAACAGCACGCUGGCUGUGACGCGCAUCACGUCCGAGGACGAGGCCAUCUACCAGUGCAUUGCGGAGAACAGUGCCGGGACCAACCAGGCCAGCGCUCGCCUCGCUGUCUCUCUGGCCAAAGAGAUGCCUGACUCCCCGCAGGACCUGUCGGCCGUGGCGCUCUCCAGUACCGCGUUGCAGGUCAUCUGGGCUCAGCCGCCCGCCGAAGUCACCGACGGCAUCAUCGGCUAUGUUCUGCACAUCCGCAAGCUGGGCGAGCCGGACAGUAAGGAGCUGCAGGAGGCUGUGAGCAAGACCACCUUCCAGCACGACUUCAGUAACCUGGAGCCUGCGACCACCUACUCCAUCUACCUGAAGGCGUACUCACCGCUGGGAGCCAGCCAGCAGUCCCGCACUGUGGUCGCCACAACACUAGGGGGCGUGCCGACUGCCCCAACCUUCUUCACCAAAGUUCUCAACUCCACAGCCGUGCAGGUCUUCUGGGAGCUGCCCAGCAAGCCGGGCAAGGUGGAGGGCUUCAAGCUGUCUUACCGCAAAGUGCCCCAGUUGGACUUCAGCACAGCACACCUGCUGCCCUGUCACAUCAACACACACACCCUGUCCAACCUGGAUGCUGGUGCUGUGUAUGAAGUCAAGCUGUUGGGCUAUAAUGGAAACGGAGAAGGCAAUUGCUCCAAACGCCUAGUAUCUCUGACCGAGGAUGGGACCAGCGCUAAAGCCAGUGGUGGAGAGAAGCCUUGUAACUGCCGAGAGGAUGGCGAGGGGUCCAUAGCAGGCAUUGUGGUGGGCAUCCACAUUGGGAUGGCCUGCAUCAUCUUUUGCGUGCUCUUCCUUAUGCUGGGAUACCGCCGCAGUCUGUUCUGUAGGAAAGGGACCCAAGACAGCUGGUCCAUUCCUCAGGGACAUGAAAUGGGCCACCAGCACCACAGCAACGGGGGUCCGAAAGCCAGUGCCAUUGAAUUAGUGCCUCAGGGCUGUAUCUCCUGCCCACAAGGCGAGGGGCAACCCGGCCUGCCCCAACCAACUCAGUGCCAGGUCCUUGUCGAGCCGCAUUCGUCUGCUCUGCCAGGCACGGGCACAGGCUAGCAUGGGUGCACCUGAGGUCCAGCUAGUCUCUCCCCCUCCCUUCCCGACCACACUCUUCGGCAUCUAGCGAUUCCCUCACUUCACCUGCCCGCCUAUGCCUCCUCUAGUGCUCCUGUCCCCAGUGGGCAGUCACCGCCUUGUAGCCACAAGCUGUUAAAAAAAACAAAUGUGCACUGAUGUCAACCACAUUUAGGACCGCGGUCCUGGAAUGUACGUGUGUUGCCACCACGUUACACCUUAACUGCACCACUUGGCCUUUGACCUCUACCCCGAACCAAAGUUGAAUGGCCUUGAUCCAUGGACACGUGUAUGUCCAUGGAUCUAGAAUGAUAGCCUAUUUGUUGUCAGAUGUCCAUGUCUAUAUCAAACCUAAUAUGGUGCCAGGCUUUGGACUGUAUGCCCAUCGUGUAUUACCAAGGUCAUCUUUAUAACCAAAAUAUUAACUUUCCAUAUUUCUCUAUUUACUUUGGUAAUGACACCAAUACUUGGGCUUCACUAUUUUCACUCCAGUACCAAACAGCACCACACAAUUGAAUGGAGGCCUUAUAGCUUUAGACAGAUCCCCCUGUAGAUGGAAACUGAUACCAUAACUGGGGGUCUUCUCACCAUGGAAAAGCAGCUUAGAUGUUUACAGUGCAAUGCCUGGUACUGUAUAACCUCAUGGAAACGUAAGACCAUUAGAUUAUUCUUCACCACACUGGCCUUGAGGCAGACUGAUCUGGAGGAAGCAUAGAUGCCAACUAUCCUCAGCACUCCUACUUGUAGAACCAAGCACCCCCCUCCACCCCUCCAAAGAUGUUUACUUCCAAAGAUAGCUACCUCAGCCUGACGAGACCAAGCCAUUAAAUAUCUGUGAUGCUGCUGGUUAAGCAAACCUACCUCAGCCCAAACACCCUACCCACCCUGCCAAAGCCAGUGUUCCCAUGCUAGCUGCUGUCACUCUGAAGGCCUGUAUGACCCCCUGAAUAACCCCGCCUACAUGACAUUUCCUGCUGGGCUGACUUCUACUCUCCCUGAUUGUACUAGCCAGAGUGUGGCAGGUUUCCAUCAUAUACAAAUUUUGAGAUUUUUUUAUUUUUUCUUUGCCAUUGUGUGUUUAUUGCCAUUGGAACAGGCUCUCUCGGCCACCUUACCUUGCUGCCGUGGCCCUGCCAAUGGCUAGGUCA